AUGCGCGGCCUUACCUCGAGUCGCAACGAAUCGCGGCUUCCGCGGCUGCGGGUGCUCGCCUCCUCCGCACUAACGCGGCGGCCGUCCUCUCUGUCGCCUGCGAAGGAGAAGGCGAGGGCGAGCCUGAUUGCCUUGCCUUCUUCCCAGAUGCGAAAAUGCGACUCUCGCACGCCAAUUAAGGCGCGAGAUGACGGCGAGACAGCCUCGACAGACGGCUGGGAGGACGACGCUCAGGACGGCACGCUCGAGUCGCAGCUGGAGGCGUUGACCCGCGAAGUCCGCGACCUGACGGUGCGCGUACAGGCCGAAGAGGAGAUGAAAGAUCUUCUUCACUCGCAGCUCAACGAGGCCUACGAGCAACUGGCGCUCGCCAGAUCUGCGGCCGCAGGCGCGCCCGGCUUUGCAGGCCCCGUCGGCGCCCGCGUGCGAGGCCCGCGCGGCGCGCAGCCUCUGGUCGAACGCUGGCUGGAGCCGCAGCAUCCCUCUGCGCAGUCGGCGCUUCGCGCGCAGGACGAGUUUGAGCGGCUGCUGGAGGAGGAACGAGCGCGACGCCACACGAUGCGUGAGCAGUAUGAACGCCAUUUGAAGCUCAUGCGGAAACGACACCAGAAGGAAAAACUUGAAAUAAAAAAUAAAAUCCUCAACCAAGUGGACUUCCUCAUCAGGAAGUACCGCCGCCUGGCUGCCGAGGCGGUUGCGAUGGCGAAGCGCGAGCGCGCGCGAGUCGACGAAGAGCGGACUAAGGCUCGCCAGCUCGCUGAGAAGGCCUGCAAGAACUUCGAAGCGGAUUUGAAGGACAGGACCAAGACUGCCUUGGAUCAGUACCGGCAACUCGCCCAGCAGGCGCAUAAGGCCGCGCAGCAAGAACGCGAAGAACUCAACACGAAAUGCAAAGAACUCCAAGACACAAUGGACAACGAGAGACGCGAAUUCGACACGCUCAUCGUGCGCGAGGCGGAGAACCGAGUCGCGAAGUUCCGCGAGGGGUACGCGCGCAUCAAGCAGCAGAUGGAGGAAGAGCGGAAGUACUACGGUGUGAUGAUGAACGAAGUUGCGCGGCGGGUUGAAAAGGAGUGCGAAGAGUACGAGGAGUUCGUGGUACAAGCGAUGCGGGCGCUGCUGCAGACGAAAAACAUAGACAUGGACGAGGGUGCCAUCAGCGAGUUCUUUCAGAAGAAACGCGAGGAGGAACACACCGUCAAAGAAACCGCCUCACCCCGCCUCCCGACGGGCCCUCUCACCGUGAAGUACCGCUUCCAGGCCGUCAAUCCCGAGGCGCUGAAGUGA